GUCUUCGGCCUCCAGUGGUAGCCAGUGUCGUCCUCUCCGUCUUCAGAGGGUCCUCUUAUCUUGAGAAGCGGAGGAGGGGCGCAUAUAAGUCGGAUCUACAGUGCGCAGGCGGUAUCAGCUAAGAGACCAGCUCAUGCUGUCACUGCUGCCAUCACCAGAAAUAGUCUGCUUCCCCACCAUCCACCAUCAUCCUGUCUACUGGUUUCCAGUCCAAGCAUGCUGUAGUCAUUGUUACCAUCUGCACCACUGAAGCUGCUUCCAUUGGGACCUGACUGAUCUAGGGACAGGCCUUCAGUACCUUGAAUCACCUAUACAUGGAGCACAAAGAUGAUGAUGAUGAUGAUGAUGAUGUGUCUUUUGCCAAAUGGAUGAGCAGCUUCUGGGGUCACAGCUGGAUAGAAGAGAAUGAGAGAGGACUCCGAGACCGUCAUGGAUCACAAGCUGCCAGUUACAGGAAAACCUCCCUGCCCUGCCCAUUUCCUGUGCUUCCCAGAAUCACAUCAUCUGAUAGCCAUCCCAGAAGGCAUUCUCAUGAGGACCAGGGAUUUCAAUGCCAUACCCACAUGCGGGAUUAUAGAAAAUGUUCAGCAGAUGAGUCAUUCAAGGAGCCACUGGAAUCAAAAGGAAGAUCCCAUUCCAAAAUUCAAGCAUUCUCAGAGUCCUUUGAACAACAACUGUGCUUUAGAACCAGACGCUCUGUCUCUUUGGGACCUGAGAGCAGAAAGGAGAGAAAUGAAAGAGAAUGUCUGAGGAUGGAGAUAAAAUCUCGAAAGAAAAUGGAGGAAAGAAGGAAAUCUAGGAAGGAAGAACACAGAGAAGAAUCCACACCCUCCUUGUUUGAAAAAGAGCCCAAAUAGUAUUUUGUCUCCACAUCAUGACUACAGAUGCCACUGUGUUUUUCGGGUCCCCGAAUGCCAGGCCAGGUGGAGGUAGCUGUAAGAGAGUGUCUGCAGGUGCUGAGUGACUGCAGCCGGCAGUGGGUGUGGCAGUCCCCCAAGGUGACUGGGCACCUGCUCCAGCUGCUUCUGGCCUCUUAGUUGAGAGUUGUUGUCCUUUUAUGGGCACAAGGAGAAUCAAAGGUAUCUUAAUAGAAUAAGUAAUUCUUAAAUAUGUAAAGAGAGAUAUUUAAAGAACCACCCACCCAUCUUCACAAACUCUUCUUCCACAUCAACCUUGCAAAUAAUUUCAAAUAAAAGACAUUGGUGUGA